CCAGCAACCCAUCCAUACUUUCAGCUGUUGAUACAAAAAGAGAAGAGAGAAUGGCGGAGCCAAACCCAGAGUUGAGUGAUCUUAUUACUCAAACAAAGAAGAAAAAUAUAGUGCCAAAGUUCACCGAAACCUUCCCCGUGGAGGACACGGCCUACCCUUACAGCGCCUUCAUCACCUCCGUCCGGAAAGACGUGAUCAAAUACUGCACCAACCAUACAGGCAUCGUCCAGCCCGUGCUGCCGCUGGAGAAGAAUGUCCCCGAGCUCUGGUUCUACACCGAGCUCAAAACGAAGACCAGGUCCAUCACGCUCGCCAUACGUAUGGACAACCUCUACCUGGUCGGCUUCAGGACCCCCGGCGGGGUGUGGUGGGAGUUCGGCAAGGACGGCGACACCCACCUCCUCGACGACAACGCCAAGUGGCUCGGCUUUGGCGGCCGGUACCAGGACCUCAUCGGCAGUAAGGGCCUGGAGACCGUCACCAUGGGCCGUGCCGAAAUGACCACGGCCGUCAACUACCUGGCGAAGAAGACGACGACGACACUAGCAGAGGCGGCGGAGGAGGAGGAGGAGCUGCUGCUGCUGCAGGCAGCGGCUGACCCCAAAGCCGAGGAGAAGAGCAACCUGGCGAAGCUAGUGAUCAUGGUAUGCGAGGGGCUGCGGUUCUUCACCGUGUCCCGCAAGGUAGACGAGGGGUUCAAGAAGCCGCAAGCGGUGACCAUAUCGGCGCUGGAGGGGAAGCAGGUGCAGAAAUGGGACAGGAUCUCGAAAGCCGUCUUCAGGUGGGCCGUCGACCCGACCGCUGAGAUCCCCGACAUGAAGGAUCUUGGCAUCAAAGAUAAAAACGCAGCUGCGCAGAUCGUUGCGCUCGUUAAGGACCAAAACUAGUGCUGCUGCUGCUACUACAUAUGAGAACAACGAGGAGGUCUCUGAUGAUCCAUCCACGUGGUACAGUAGCAGUAUACUCCUAGUGCUAGUAUAUAGGAGUAUGUUACUGUGCAAAUAAAUACACCCGGCGUACGUGGUGUUCCUCGUAUCCCUCUACUUGCUUGCAUAGCGUCGAUUGAAUUUCUUUGCAAAAGACCGCAAUUAACUUCC